GAUGCUAUGUUGGUUGCUAGGUUUUAACUGUGAAAGUGGUUGCUAGGCUGUUGCUAAGGUAGUUUAAGCCAUUGCUAGGUUGUUGUUAGGGUAUCCAUGGUGGCUAGCCUACUACUAGUCAUGUUGGUUGCCUACACGCUUCUGAAUGAGGGGAGGCGUCACGUUUGAACGCUUCAGCCGUGCAGCGAAUGUGGAUCUACCGUUACACUAGCGCUGCAACCGUGAUGCUGCCGCUUGGUUUUUAUCAUCACACCGUUUCUGUAAAACAUGGAGGAGGCAGCUGUAGCCUACACGUCUGAGCUUUGCCAAGGCAGAAUCUCGACUUCAUCGGUUUUCGACGAACGUCGACAGAGAUCACCAUGAAUGACUCUGUUUUCCAUUUUUACGGAGGCUGAUAAAUUAAUUCUGUCCUGGACUGAGUGAGUUGCCUAAAAGGAUACGACUGUCCAACGACAUCACGUCUACAAAGGUUGAGCCACAAUUUCCUCGCUGCUCGCAGGGUUGGUGAUAAGGAUGCUGAAACUCAGGCUACUCAACAUGUUGGCUCCAGCCUACUUUUUCACGGCAACAGUGAUCACUUUUGCCUUGUAUUUUUUCUUUUUUAUUCCAACAAUUUUUCAACCUCCUGCCAUUAUGAUACACACAUUUAUUUUUCUCUAUCUAAUGUUGAAUUCACUGGGGAAUUACGCAAUGACUAUAUGGUACCCAUCAGAGACUACCAGUGAAAGCACAAUUCCAUUAUGUCCUCUGGACUGUCCAGACAGGGUGGAUGCCCAUUACCUCCGUAAUGACCAUCACUUUUGUAAACUAUGUAGAAAAGUGAUAUUGAAAAGGGACCACCACUGCUUCUUCACAGGAAAUUGUAUAGGAAACAACAACAUGCGUUACUUCAUCAUGUUUUGCAUCUACACAUCAUGUACUUGCUUGUACUCCCUUGUUCUAGGUGUGGCAUACCUCACUAUGGAAUAUUCAAUUUCAUUUGAAAACCCCUUGACAUUCCUCACACUACUGCCCCUUUCAACAGGAUACUUCUUUAUUGGUAUGAUCUCAGGCCUCCAGUUCUUCCUAGUCCUGAUGCUUUAUGUAUGGCUGGGUAUAGGGCUGGUAUGUGCUGGAUUCUGCUGCCAACAAAUUCUACUGGUAGCCCGUGGGCAGACAUGGUGCCAGCUGCAAAGGGGACGUCUUGUUCAGAGUCAUGGGAUGUGGCGUACCAAUCUGAAAGACGUAUUUGGUUCACGGUGGGCCCUGGGUCUCUUUCUGCCUGUGCUCACAGUCAAGGUUGUCUCAAAAAAUGAUGGAAACUUAAGUCAGAAGUUUAAUUGAGUGUUUUAACAUACUGACACCAUGCCUAGAUUAGUCUGCAGGCCCAAUACUAAUACAACAAUGCUAUAUGUGCCACUCUAUAUUUAUGGCAUGAAGACAAUUCAGGUUGUUCCCUGAAAAUAAUAGAUCAAUAAAUGAUCAAACACUGAAUAUCUAGCUUUGAGCAAAUGUGUAGUACUACACAUAUUUUUGCAAACUAUGUUUGUAGUUGUACAGUGGUACAGUCAGGCUGUUCUAAUCUUUUAUGUUUCAAGCGAUUGUUGAACAUUUCAUAAAUUACAUUAACAUGAACAAAAAACAAAAAAAUCUGUAGUAGAGCAGUCUACAGUAUGUUAUUUUAACAAGAAACAAGUGUUAGCAAGAUGACUUAAUAUUUGAUGACUAUUUGUCCUGGUUUAACAUGCAUAUCACAGUUGGUUCUGUAGGAUCUCUUUCUGAGGCACGUUUCCCAAAGCCAUAGUUGCUAACUAAGGGCGUUUUCACACCGAUAGCGUGUGUGCUUGAGCCCUUGUUUCGGUUCAUUUGUGCUGGUCGGAAUGCAACAAUCCAACAAUGUUUCAUACAUGUAUGGUCGGCUGAGUAAAUCAGAUUAUUUUCUAGCUGCAGUCACGACUCGUUUCCAAACUCCACAAUUGGUCAAAAGUCACAAAUGCAAACAUUAAGCCAAGAUUGCCCCGAAAAACUGUCUCCAGUGUGUAGCCUACAACGAAAUAACUCGAAAUAGACAGAAGAAACACCUGAGGGAGCUGUCUGUUCAAUUCCCACGUAGUUUGGUCCGCCUAGAAACAAUGCGUGUAUGAAACUGACCGGACCGAAGUUUGUUUGCAACAUUGUACCAAUUUAUUGCCUGUUGCGGACCAAAUAACUGAACUGUACUGUAGGCCUGUAAACGUCCUAAGUUGCAAUGCAAUUCCCCAUUGCCAACCAACUAAGGUUAGCAACUAUGGUUUUGGGAAACGCACCCCUGGCCAGUAGAGCACUGACAGGAGCAGCUAAGGGGAAUGGUGAGGAGAGUGUGAAGGAUCCUUACUUACGGAAUCUGUCUUUAUUUCUAUUAUGUAACUGUUAAGAUCUGAAAGCUGCCAGUGGUUUUGUGUGGUGAAUGAUUCCUGCAAGUUUUUUCUUGGUUCUCUCUUGUCAGUUGAAGUUGUACCAGGAUGUAAUAUUGAACGUGUGGACUGACUGUACUACUGAACAUUGAAAUGAAAUCUGACAUCUGACAUUCAACCCUAGAAGAAACAUGUGCUGUGGUGUUUUUUUAAUACAGAAUUUCCAGAGAGUGAGAA